UUCUCUAGACUCCUAAACUUCCAAAGAGAUCAAACAUCUGCUUCAUCGUGGUUGGGUUGUCACACACUCUUAUGCAACUCUUUCUCUCUCUUUUAAUGUGCUGUAUUCCAAUGUACCACGUCUCUUAUCAUUACAACCCACCACCACUCUUCAUCCUCUUCAAGCAAACCCAUUCUGUGCCUCUCUUUUCUUCUCUCAACCUGAUUUGCAGUUGGCUGUUUCCUGUUCUUAAUUCCUUGAGAAAAAGGAAUGGGUGCGAAGAAAUGGUUUAUGAUAAUAGUCAAAUUGAAGAAAUCGAAGAAAUCCAAACAAGAAAAGGUACAGUCUACUGAUGAAAAUUCAGAUGAAUGUUCAAACGUGAAGCAAAGUGGUCGUGAAGAGUCAAGUGGCAUUCCCAAUGAAGGUUUGAUGAUGGAUCGGACAGUUCCAUCAAGACUGAUGGACGAUGUGGCAGCUACUAGGAUUCAAAAUGCAUUCCGUUCAUUUAUGGCAAGAAGAACAUUACAUCAUCUAAGGGGAGCAGUGAAAUUCGAAGCUUUAAUUCAAGAUCACCUAGCCAGAGAGCAAACAGCAACCGCACUGAACUAUAUACAUUCAUGGAGCAGAAUACAAGAACAAAUUAGAGCUCGAAGAAUCUGUAUGAUAACAGAAGCCAGAAUUAAGAAAAAGAAAUUGGAAAACCAGUUAAAACUUGAGGCUAAGAUUCAGGAGCUUGAGGUGGAGUGGUGCAGUGGUUCUGAAACCAUGGAAGAGAUACUUUGCAGGUUACAUCAGCGAGAGGAAGCAGCAAUUAAACGAGAACGAGCCAUGGCAUAUGCCUUUUCCCAUCAGUGGAGGCCAAACUGUAGCCAGUAUUUUGGUCAGGCUUCUUAUAGCCUUGGUAAAGAAAGUUGGGGUUGGAGCUGGACAGAGCGUUGGGUCGCGGCACGUCCUUGGGAAGUACAGGUUCGAGUUCAGCCCUCCAAAACAAAGAAACUUAAUGGCCAUGAUCAAAAAAUCAAAUUCAACAAGAUGAACUACAGUGAAAGCAAAGCAGCCUUGGCGAAACCUUCCCUGUUAAACGGGAGGGAAACUGGAAAAGGAAAGGAAAACAGUACUUCAGGGCAGUCAAAGAACAUCGUUACCAAAUAGCCCAUACUAAUUUGAUGGUUUAUGGUUUCUUCUUGUUCUUUUGGGGAUUUUUUUUCCAUAUUUGGCUUGGCGAGAAUCUACCAAUUGGUGUGUACUAUUUACACUAGGAACUUCACUUAUCUGCUAUGGCAUGGUGUAUAUGACUAUGAACGUGAAUUCCCUAGUCUUAGUUGAAA